AUCCUCGCGCGUGGAAAUCGGACUUCCCGUUGUCUUCUUGUCGCUCACAUGUAUCUCGUGGUUGUGCGUUAACAUAUUUCUCUAAUUUAUUGACGUAUUUAUUAAUUUAUUUGAUGAUGAUGAUUGUUUCCACGAAUGAGGGCAAUCCAAACGCGCUGAAGCUAAUUAUCGCAGCUAAAUUGGCUCAGAAGGUCGUCACUGUCAAGAUUUUGGAGCCUCGCGAUGCUGUUCUGGGUCGUUUACCAACCCUGAGUACACCCUCAGGGUUGUCUUUAUUCAGUGUUUCUGCAGCAUUACGUUUGAUAUUGCCUGAACCUGAAGAUUUGGAGGCUUCCAUUGAUAGAUGGUUAGAAUGGGAAAUUUCUCAAUUACAGCCAGCUAUAUUAAGUUAUGCUAAGACUUCCCAGAAAACCCAAUUGUGGUCUUUUUUACAAGAUCUCAAUAAUGAACUGAAAAAUAAACAGUACUUAAUUGAGAAGUGUAGUGAUUUAUCAACAGCAGAUAUUUCUAUCUGGGUAAGUCUCUGGAGCACUGUAUUGAUUACAGAUACAGAUAUGAUAAAUAAUAUUGCUCAGGACUUGCCAAAUGUCAAUAGCUGGUUAACUAACAUUUAUAAGCAGUCAGUUAUCCAGCAGUCAAUUGAGGAAUCUGUUAAAAUGUUUAAAUUCGAGAGAGGUGCAAAAGCUAUUGCGAGCAUUGAGGCUGCUUCUUGGUUCCCUGUCAACUCAGCCUUGAAUUUCCAAGUUCGCGAAUCAGUACCUGCCGAUAUUAAUCUAACUAAGGAAAAGGAGGAGAUCGUUAAUCAAGAAGAAAUUUGUAAUGUGGCAAAGAAUUGGACCACUGAAAAAUAUCUGGAAGUCAAGGAAAGUUCAUAUCCUAUACUGCCUAAAAAAGGUGAACGAAAUAUAUUAAUAACAUCAGCUCUACCUUACGUUAAUAAUGUACCGCAUUUAGGAAAUAUUAUCGGUUGCGUUCUUUCGGCUGAUAUCUUUGCAAGGUAUUGCAGGCAAAGAAAUUAUAAUACCCUCUACAUAAGUGGAACCGACGAGUACGGCACUGCAACUGAAGCAAAAGCUCUGCAAGAGAAAACGACUCCUCAAGCUAUUUGUGAUAAAUUCUUUGAUAUACACAACGAUGUUUAUCGCUGGUUCAGCAUUGGGUUUGACUAUUUUGGUCGCACUACUACACCUGAGCAGACAGAAAUCGUUCAAGAGUUUUUUCUAAAAAUAAAAUCAAAAGGCUACAUAUUGACUGAGACUGUGGAACAACUCCAUUGCGAGUUCUGUAAUCGGUUUCUGGCCGAUAGAUUUGUGGAGGGUAUGUGUCCCAGAUGCAAGUACGAAGAUGCGCGCGGUGACCAAUGCGACGGCUGUGGUCACCUCGUGAACGCAGUCGAAUUAAUAAACCCCCGGUGUAAGAUUUGUAAUACUAGCCCCAUCAUGAAAAACUCUGUACAGUUCUUCUUGGAUUUACCCAAGCUAGAGAAGAAACUAAAGGAGUACUCAGCUCCCUUAGAGAAAGGGUGGUCUAACGUCGCGAGAGUGAUUACAAAAGCAUGGUUACGUGACGGUCUUAAGCCACGUUGCAUAACCAGAGAUUUGAAAUGGGGUAUACCAGUUCCGGUAGAGGGUUUCGAAAAAAAAGUGUUUUAUGUCUGGUUUGACGCCCCUUUCGGAUAUAUCAGUAUUACAAAGAGGUAUACCAAAGAAUAUAAGAAAUGGUGGCAACCUGCUCAGGAUACGAAAGUCGAUUUGUGCCAAUUUAUGGCAAAGGAUAACGUUCCGUUCCACACAAUAAUGUUUCCCGCUUAUUUACUAGCGGUUAAUCAAAAUUACACAUUGAUGAGAUAUAUAAUGGCAACUGAAUAUUUAAAUUAUGAGGAUAAGAAAUUCUCCAAAUCUAGAGGUAUUGGAGUAUUCGGGACUGAUGCUAGAGACACUGGCAUUCCAGCGGACGUAUGGCGAUUUUAUUUAGCCUACAUUAGACCCGAAACUCAAGAUUCCAAUUUUAAUUGGGUGGAUUUAGCCACGAAAAACAAUAGCGAGUUAUUAAAUAAUCUAGGCAAUUUUGUCAAUAGAGCUCUUGUAUUCUGUGAAAAGUUCUUCGAUUCUAACGUACCACCGUUAGAAGCAGAAGAAGCUGAUUGGACCGUAUUAGCAUUGGCACAGCGGGAACUGUUAUCUUACAUAAACGCUAUGGAGCAAGCCAAGUUGAGAGAUGGCUUAAAACAUAUAUUAACGAUUUCGAAGCACGGCAAUCAGUAUAUGCAAUUCCAGCAGCCAUGGGUAAAAAUCAAGGGAAAUGACGAUGACAAGAAAAAGGCUGGAACUAUUGUUGCAAUUUGUUGCAAUUUAGCUUGUCUUUUAUCUGCUCUUUUGGCUCCCUUUAUGCCCAAUACAGCCAAACAAUUGCGAUCUCAACUGGGUUUGAGUAACAAAAAUUAUGGCUACAUCCCCGAAACGAUAACAAACAUGUUACCUACUUGGCACAAAAUCGGCAAGCCUAGUCCACUGUUUACUAAAAUCGAAGAUCAUAAGGUAGAAAUGUUACGCAAAAAGUAUGCUGGACAGCAGGAAACUAACGGCGAAGUAACGAACAAAAACGAAAGUAUCGUAUCGUUAGAAGCCACUAUUACGAAGCAAGGCAACCUAGUAAGAGAGUUGAAAGGUAAACACGACAAGAGUGUUUGGCAACCACAGGUAGAAAUUUUGUUAGAUUUAAAGAAGAAGCUAGCUGAUCUCAAAGGCAAUGUAAACGUGCCUGCGAAAAAAUCACCCACGAAAAAUAAGAAAGUCGAACCAACACACGUGCCAGAACAAAAUGGGGAUGCUCUAACAGACGUGGCGGCAUUAGAAUCGGCUAUUGCAAAACAGGGCAAUCUUGUACGAGAAUUAAAGGCCAAGGAAGACGGAAGUGUGUGGAAGCCACAAGUUGAGAUUUUGCUGAAAUUAAAACAACGUUUAUCAGAUCUCACUGGAACAGUGCCAGUCGCUAUUGACAAGAAAUCCAAGAAGAAAAAAUAAAUACAUUUUUCUUGUAAUAGAGUGUAAUGUGAGAUUUUUUUAUUUACUACGUUAUUAACGUGGUUAUUUCUUUGGCACGUGUAAAACGUGACGUAAUAGUAUUUAUCUGUUACUAAUUAGUUUACUCUUGCGCACUGUGUAUUGAAACUUAGAAGGGGGGAGCGGGAAUCAUGAAGACAUUUGUACUUUAUUUAAAUGCGAUUCAUUUGCACUUAAAUACAUGUAACAUACAUAUAACGAUGAUCUGAUAAAUAAUUUACAUAAAAAAUAGAUCACUUUGCUACUC